UAGGUCUCUGAACAAAAUGAAUUUCAUUACAAGGUUUUCUGCUUUAUGUCUGAGGAAAAACAAGAUGCAGCAGAGGCACCAGAGUAGUAGGCGGCCAGCUGUUCCACUUGGAUCACGGAUUUUGACUGAUCCUUCCAAGGUUUUUGAGCAUAACAUGUGGGACCACAUGCAGUGGUCACAAGAAGAAGAGCAGCGUGCCAAGGACAAAGCAGCAGAGAACUCACUUGUUAAAGUCCAAUUAGAAGACCAAGAUAAAUAUGAGAGAGAAGCCAGUAAAUAUUGGAAUGAAUUUUAUAAGACUCAUAAGAAUAACUUUUUCAAGGAUCGCAAUUGGUUGUUUCUGGAGUUCCCAGAAAUUCUUCCAGAAAAAAAGAGAGAACAGUUGAAAGCAGAGGAAGAAUCUUCAGAACCCAUAAAAAUAAAAAGUACCAGCAGUUUUCUUCACAAGGAUUUUCCUGGAACAUUUGAAAAAGGAAAAGAAUGCUGGGGGAAUCAUUAUGGGGAAGACUCUACUUUUGUACAAGGACAAGUAUAUAGCAAAAAACAAGCAAAAUGUGUUGCUCGCAAUCCUCAGGGUAAAGAUUGUAGAGAAAAAGUUGGCAAGCUAGAAUCCUUUCCUGGUAGUGGUGCUGCUUACAGAGUGUUAGAGGUUGGUUGUGGUGCUGGAAAUAGUGUGUUUCCUAUUUUGAAAGUUCUAUGCAAUGCACCUGGUACCUUUCUAUACUGUUGUGAUUUUGCUUCAGGAGCAGUGGAUCUGGUAAAGUCACAUUCGUCCUACAAUUCAGCCUGGUGUUUUGCCUUUGUUCAUGAUGUGUGUGAUGAUGCCUUACCCUAUCCUUUUCCUGAUGAGAUCCUGGAUGUCAUUCUCCUUGUCUUUGUGCUCUCUGCUAUUCAUCCUGACAGGAUGCAAAGAGUUGUAAAUAGAUUGGCUAAACUACUGAAACCUGGAGGAAUGUUGUUAUUUCGAGAUUAUGGAAGAUAUGAUAUGUCUCAGCUUCGUUUUAAAAAAGGUCAUUGCUUGUCAGAAAAUUUUUAUGUACGAGGAGAUGGAACCAGAGUGUAUUUCUUUACCAAAGAUGAGGUAUACAGCAUGUUCAGCUUGGCUGGAUUAACUGAAGUACAGAAUUUAGUUGAUCGGCGAUUACAAGUCAACAGAAAGAAAGAAGUCAAAAUGCAGCGAGUCUGGAUACAGAGCAAGUUCCAGAAACCGUUGCUGCUAUCUCUGAGUAAUCCUGAAGAAACAACCAAAAGGUACCCUUACGGCUAAAUAUACCAUAACCUCCAGAAACAGAAGCAAAUUUGACUAUGUAUAUUUCCUAUAAAUCUUGUACUAGCUGCUGAAAAGGAAAAAAAUACUAAACUGAGAACCCUUCCUUGAUGUUUUGUAAAUGUAUGUAUUUGAAAAUGAUCUUGAAAAAAAUUCUUUUCUAACUUCUGCUU